GGACUCAAAACAGCGCUGCACAGGUCAUCCCCCAGUGUGCAUGGAUGGAUGUCAGGGUAACAGGACCAACUUUAAUCAGAUAAUAAGUCUGUUCUUUAAAAAACGUGUUGUGCACUUGACAGAACUCUCAAUGAGAAGAAGCUGUUUCAUAUUUACGACACUUCCGUUGCCAGCAUCAUGACACAAGAGGAGCUCCUCUUUGACCCGGGACAGUCAAAGGGUGAUGUCGGGGAGGGGAAGAGCAGAAGCCGACUGGGUGUCAUCGUCACCGGGGUGCUGGGAGGCUCCCUGGUCGCCCUGUACGCCGUGGCUGCUCCGUUUAUCACCCCUGCCCUGAGGAAGGUCUGCCUCCCGUUCGUCCCUGCGACCACAGCUCAGGUGGAGAACGUCCUCAACGUGCUGCGAGCCAGGACAGGGACCCUGGUGGACAUUGGGAGUGGAGAUGGAAGAAUAGUGAUCGCAGCAGCCAAGCAGGGAUUCAAAGCUUCAGGCUUCGAGCUGAACCCCUGGCUGGUGUGGUAUUCUCGUUACAAGGCCCGGAGAGAGGGAGUCCAUCGCUCCUCCUCCUUCUACAUCUCCGACUUGUGGAAGGUCAGUUUUGCUGAGUACUCAAAUGUCGUGAUUUUUGGAGUGCCUCAAAUGAUGGAAAAGCUGGAGCUGAAGCUAGCGAGCGAGCUACCGACUACAGCCAAGGUGGUGGCCUGCCGCUUUCCCUUUCCUACCUGGGUUCCUGAACAAACCGCUGGGGAGGGCAUAGACACUGUGUGGGUGUACGAUGCCCAGACUUUUAAAUCAGACUUGCAACAUGGAAGGACACUGAAGACAGUACCAGAGCACGAGAAGACACCAGAUUCACACACAUGAGUGAAAACACUGGGACGUUGCUGUCAAAUUGUGAUUCUAAGAUUCAGUAUUGAGAUGUUUCUUUGCAGUCUCUGCUCUGAGUUGUAUCUGAAAUGUCUUAGAAAGACUGGUUGGUGUGCGUUUUUAAAGGCACUGAUUUAACAAGUUUAUAAAUCAUGUUCAAGUUAAAUAUUUAGCUUGAAAAGAUAAGAAGAAGGGACUGUGAGAGACUCUAGAGGUUAGCCUCAUGUUGAAGUUAUCUGGCUAUCAUCAGAAAAAGGAUUUAUCUAAGUACCUACAUGCUCAUCCUUCAAGUGGGCUUUUUCAUUAAAGAAGCAAUUUCUGUAUCUGACACAUGAAUGAUUUUAUAACUCAAUCAUACACAGACGGUUUCAGUGCAAGUUGAAAUAUCAAAUCCAUGUAUAUUGUAUACUAAUUCACCGACAAGGUAAAAGAAAGAUCACUUGACAUGACUGUACUUGAACAUAGUUGAUAAUAAAAUGACAAUCCUGUCAAACAGUAUCAACAACUGGAUACAAACUGAGGCUAAACAAACCUGCUUGG